CUCAUGAAUUAAACCGAACAAGAAGAACUCAAAAGAAAAAAAGGAACAGAAAAAGUAAAAAAUAAAAUAAAAUUGCAGAACUUCCGAUUGUUCGACGCCUCUGCUGCCAUCAUCUACAAAAAGUUGCUACAUCCACCGCCGAUUCAGUGGUGAAAUUCGGCAAUUAGGUUAAUUUUUGAGAAAAUUCAUUUACGAAUGUUCAAAUUUUGUCAUAGAGAUUCGGAGGUUAUAUUGUCUGCAAUUGAACUUAGAGGUUACAUCAUGAUGGUGUAGAGAUCUUGGUGAUGUUGUAAGCAUGCAGUCAACUGAAAACGCUCCUUUACAAUGUCUUGAACACCUUAGUCCUGGUACCGAUAUUGAACACAACAAAGAACCACCUAUAUUACCAUCCUUAUCUGACAAUGUUGUUGCUCCACAGCCUGAGAAACGACCAACCCGGCAGUGGGCUGCAUGGACACGGGAAGAGGAGGAAAGUUUCUUCACUGCAUUGCGGCAAGUUGGCAAGAAUUUUGAAAAGAUCACCUGUCGGGUGCAAAGUAAAAACAAGGACCAGGUCAGACAUUAUUACUAUCGACUUGUGAGGCGCAUGAACAAGUUAUUGGGUCCUGGCUUUCUGGAUGCCAAGAACUCCAAAGAUACUAAUGCUGCUAUGCUGCGCUGGUGGUCUUUACUUGUAAAAUACAGUUGCAAGGCCUCAAAGCUUCACCUAAAGCCGCGUAGGUACAAAAUUUUUGUAGAUACACUGGAGCACCAACUUAUGAAAGAUAGAAAGAAGAAUGUAAAGAAGCAAGCACUUCAAGGGGAUAUUUAUUCCUCUCCUUCACCUCCUGCUACAAACCAGAACAAGUUGUCUGCCAAUGAUGCACGCGCUAUAAAAACUGUAUUAGUUGACUGUCAGAAUACUCAGAAAGCCGGACCAGGAAGAGGGUCUUCAACACGACGUAGCUUAAACAUUGGUGUUAUUCACAGUAGCAAUAAAGGAGAGUCCUCUAAUACAAAGCCAACAAGGCAACGACGAAAAUCUGCUGCAAUCAAAAGAUGGGAGAAGGCUGCCAUAGCUGGCGUCUCCUUGGUAGCUGAUGCUGCUGAGCACCUUGAGCGCACUGCUGGUGAAAAUCACAAUGCCCACCAAGGUUCAUUGAACUGUGCAGAGCAAACUCAUUCAGGCCCUUCAGUGCCAGAACAAGCAAACUCAUCAAAUAUUUCCAAAAGCAUGGCCAUUGAGGACAAUGUACAAGCUACCAUGAAACUUAAACUACAGUUGUUCCCAAUUGAUGAAACUACCAGAAAAGCACUAGAAAAGGACAAGCAUAAUCCUUAUUUGGAGCUGACAUUAAGUACACGAAAGAAGAUAUCAUCCAUUCUAGAACAUCUUGAUCGUAAGUGGGGUACUUCCAACGUUGCAUCUGGGGAACUCAUGCUUUUUCCAGUCCACUGUCAGAGAGAAAAUCUGGUGGGAUAUCAGAGAUGGACUCGAGAUUCAGUUGUAACUGCUGCUGAUGUCUAUGGCGUGAUUGGUAGCCCUGCAGUGUUCCGAUUGAGAUAUGGCUGGAUAUCUAGCAUUGAGCUUCAGUCAGGCAGCUCACAAACUAUUUCAGUACCUUCGAUCGAUAUUGAUGUGCAAGAAAAUAGUAGACGGGAAGCACUUAGGGAACAGUUACUUCUACCAACAGGAGAGACGAACAUGCUGGAUAAAGUUGCUGAUCACUUUCUGGGCAAUCAUCAAAUCUCAGAAAAACAAAACAGCUCUAUUAAAGAGCUAGCAGCUGCUACUUCUGGUGUUGUGAACAAGAAUAAUGUUGUUGAUUUUUCCAACGAUGUCUUUGAGACGCACAACACAGGACCAAGUGUAGUGUCAAAGAGAAAUGAAGCCUGUGAUGGAAAAAGUUCGAAAAAAAAUGUUGAUCAGAGAGUAAGAAAGACUCCAAGUUUGACAACUAGAGAGUGGGCUGAUAGCCUUACAAAUGCCACCGAUUGUGACCUAAUUACUGAAGAUAUAGAUGCUAUGGGUGCAAACGGUGUUGAAAGUCCUAUUUUUAGAAGUUCUCGGUGUGCUGAGGCGAUUCCAUUUACAUGUGACUCAUUUGAUGCAGCAAUCGCUGCCCAUAUAUAUAGUCAAACCAAGCUUGGCUUCUCUGGACCUUCUUCACAUUCAUCAUCAAUUUGGGAUGCUGAAGAAACUCGUGAUGCAUUUUUAUUUCAGAAUAGGGCUGUCAUUAGCAACCAGGUUCCAAGUUCUACUACAACUGCUGCUUCAAAUGCUGGUACAGGCUUUUUUAGAACUAGUUCAGCAAGGACCGGCACCAAAGCUCAGGAUUCACAUGAGGAAGCCAUGGCGGAGGAAAAUAUCCCGGAGGAUCCAAUGGAUGAAUGUCCAUCUGAAACCCAUAAAACUGGAAGUUCUGCUAAAGAUUUCAGUUGUCUGACAGAUAUUUAUUGGCCUGACUCAUUAGGACCUUUAGAGCUGGAUGUACCUUCAUGUAAAUCCUAUAGCGAAAAUUUAAUCUUCAGUGAUAGCAUGAGUGGCCUGAAUCGUCUUCUAGCAAGCAGCCUUGAUGCGUUCCAAAAUUGCCCUUUUUAUGGCUUGGAUGAAAAACGACCUUCUUCGCCAGCUACUGUUAAUCAAGGAGGUGCUUCCUUUGCUGGAAAAUUUAGUAAAAGUGAUAAUGCUGGAGUUCAAUCUCUUCAAGUAUAGCUUUUGAAGAUGAGGAAUUACAAUCUCGGUAGCUUUAUUUUUUGGAAGUGAUGAUCGGUGAAGGCUUCAUCAGUUCUCUGUCAAGUUUUUAACAAUUUACCAAGUAUUAAUUUUUCACCUCUUUUUUUCUUUUUGGGGGAGGGGGCAAGGUGGUGCCAGCCUAAGGUAUAUUCCGUAUAUAUGUCCUGCUUACUCAUUUCUCUUCACUCUGUACAAAAGUGGCAUGUGAAGGACUAUACAGAGUUCUGAUCCAUCUUUUUUUGAUGGUGUAAAUGUAUUUCAAAUAGACUUUUGUGGUAAUAUUUCAUGUAAAAAUAAAUGUUGUCCUAAUCAAUAUAUAUUUGCUUCUGGAA